CAAGUGGGGUACCCAGCCUGGCUGGACCCCUUGAGCCCCCAAGUCUGUACAAUAUGGUUUGUAUAAAACUCAGAAUCUCCUAGCCGGGGCCGCUGACUUCCUGUGUCUGAGUCUUGAGUGGUGGGUGAGGAUGGCGGAAGGGGCUCCAGUGGUUAAUUUGCGGAGAAUGGGGUCACUUUCCCACUGUUGGAGGAGGAAUGUGGGAGCUUGGACACCUGGGAAUGCCCAGGUAUACUUUGGGUGGUCUGAAAUUGGCGAAUUCCCACACAAGCUGUGGGCGUUCCCCUUGGUGACUCGAAGGCACUAGGAUAUUUUUGGUGGCCUGGGUCGUGGGGGUUCCCUUGGGAUCCCUGCCCACGGGCCAGACUGCUGGGGUUCGGUCUCUGGGCUCCACCCAAUCAUGUGGUCGUGGGGCUCCGCCCCUGCCCCAGUUCCUGUUUCAGCCCCUGGGCCUUAUAGACGCCCGGUUCUCCUGCUCCCACUGGGGCUGCUGUGCCGCCGGAGAUGGGGCCCCGGCUGCGCUUGGGCCAGCCCUUCCUGGGGUCCCGAGGCGCCUCGGCCCCUCCACGACCGUCGGCGCUGGUGGUGUAGCCGCUCACAGGAUGAAGGGCGGCGAGGGGGACACGGGCGAACAGGCCCCGUUGAACCCGGAGGUGGACAGCCCUGCGGGCUCCGCCACGUACCGGGAGUUCGUGCACCGCGGCUACCUGGACCUUAUGGGGGCCAGUCAGCACUCGCUGCGGGCGCUCAGCUGGCGCCGCCUCUACCUCAGCCGGGCUAAGCUCAAAGCCUCCAGCCGCACGUCUGCUCUGCUGUCGGGCUUCGCCAUGGUGGCCAUGGUGGAGGUCCAGCUGGAGAGCGGCCACGAGUACCCGCCAGGCCUGCUAGUGGCCUUCAGUGCCUGCACCACCGUCUUAGUGGCCGUGCACCUCUUUGCACUCAUGGUCUCCACGUGUCUGCUUCCCCAUAUCGAAGCCGUGAGCAACAUCCACAACCUGAACUCUGUCCACCAGUCGCCACACCAACGGCUCCACCGAUAUGUGGAGCUGGCCUGGGGCUUCUCCACGGCCCUGGGCACCUUCCUCUUCCUGGCUGAAGUUGUUCUGGUGGGCUGGGUUAAGUUUGUGCCCAUCGGGGCACCCAUGAACAAACCAGCUCCUGUGGUACCUAUGUCCCAGGUGCCACCAGUGACCGUCUCCCUUAGUUUAGCUUCCAACCUCACACCAUCCUCUGCUUCUGUAUCCACAUCACAGCAGCCUUCCAAAGCCUGCCCACCCCGGCAAGUGUGUGGUGGUGCCCAUGGACCUGGUUGGCAGGCAGCUAUGGCCUCCACAGCAAUCAUGGUACCUGUGGGACUUGUGUUUAUGGCCUUUGCCCUACAUUUCUACCGAUCUUUGGUGGCACACAAGACAGACCGCCACAAACAGGAGCUGGAAGAACUCAGUCGCCUGCAGGGGGAGCUGCAGGCUGUGUGAGCCCGGGAUCUACAGACCUCAUUCCUGCCCCAGACUGGAGCCCUGUCCUGUAAACUACUCUUGGGCAGAGGCCACAUUCCUGCUCAGUCCUACACUCCCAGGGAUGUUCCCUGUUUCCAUGUCUCACUGGGUUUUGUAAGCUCCACUCUGCUUGGCUGGAGGAACAAGAAACUGGGAAGGUCUCAGCCUGAGGAGGCCUUACUGGGUUCUUCAGUGGUGCUGAGCAGUUGCUUGCUCCUCUACAGGGAGGGUACAUGCCUGCACCACUGUCCUCCAAGGCAAUCAUCCCUUGCUGGUGCAUAAUCUAUUUCACAGUUGGCAUGGUAGGAGAUUUCUCCCUGUCAUGGUUUGGAUGGUUCCCCAUCCCUGAUUUGGCUGCUGUAGAGGACCUGGGUGUUUGCUCCUAGGAUGAACCACUUCCCACUUGGUGACUUGUGGUUGUGCCUGCUCUACUGCCCCAGGCUCAUCUGGCUCUCGCCCUCUUUGGCCACAGCUGGGGUAAGAGGAAUCUUUGAAGACUGAGGGAUUGACAAGGGUUGGGUGAAAAUUCAGCCCUUAGAAAGCAGAGCUCUCUAGACAUGGAAUUUUUGAUGCACCUUGUUUUGGUAAUAAAUUAUGUCUCACGUA